AUGUGGAGCAUAGCUGCAUUGGUGUUAGUGCUGACAGGGCCUGCCUCUUGCUACGUCACCUGCCCUGAUGGGAAGGUCUGCUCUGAUCAAUCAACCUGCUGUUUGACUAACGAAGGAUACGCCUGCUGUCCAGUUCCCCAUGUGAGUAACCAGGGUUCACAUGAGGGCAAUUGGUAGCCUGGUCCCAGAUCUGUUUGUCAUGCCAACAACCAUAGUAGUUGGCAGCACAAACAGAUCUGGAACCAGGCUAGGCAAUUUGACACAACUAGUAAAUGGGAUUCUCAACAGCACAACGGUUGUAAAGACGGGAAAAAGAAACCAGCAUUGUGGUACUGUUGUUUGCUUCCCCGUUGCAUGACACAUCCAAUGUUUUAGUUAAAAUACCUUGGGUUUAGAGAGCUGUGCGAGCAAAGACCCCAUAAAAGGUAUUUUGACUGCAAGCCAUAUAACUUUUUUAUUACGUUUUCCAGGCGGUGUGUUGCUCUGACAUGGCCCACUGUUGCCCAUCAGGCUUCCUCUGCAACACAAUCACCCAGAUGUGUGAGAAAGGGGACCAUCCUUGGAGCAGGGUUCCCACACUGAAGAAGGUGGCUGCAGAGGAACCAAGCACCCCUGUCUCUGCUCCGCUCGAGUCUGACAGCAGCCGUGUCCAAAGCAAAGCAGUAGAGAGCUCUAUGGUCGGCAAGGUGCAAUGUGACAGCUAUUAUGCAAAAUCACCAUGUAUGAAACAGCAUUGCUGGUGACAAGCAUACCCUUUCUACAUAAAAUAAAAUAAAAAUCCAUGUCAGUGGGCACUGUUCUCUUUCUGUAAAUUAAAAAGUAAUGAAUAGAGAAAUAUUUCCUGCGCACUGGUACGCAAUUACAUUUUAACCUAAGAGUAUGACAUUGAUGGUGUGGUUUUCUGUUAUUUUAUCAGGUCCCGGGGACAGCACUCGCUCAGGCCUCUGACAGCACCCCACAGGCUGGAGUCAUUCGCUGUGACACUCAAUUCUACUGCCCUUCUGGAACCAGCUGCUGCAAGGGACCAACUGGCAAAUGGGGCUGCUGCCCAUACCCACUGGUAAAUAUACUGAAACUGUUGGAGACAGGCUGUAGAGGGGAUUUGAUAAAACUGACCUUAAAUACCACUGAGCUAUCAUUUUAUAAAGUAGUAGUAUCAAUGUUGUUAUGGAGGUAGAGCAUGUUUAUUAAUGUAAUGAACAUGUAAUCUGUAAUGCAUGUACAGAGCAGUGUGACAUGUUUUAAUGACAUUAUGAUCAUGUGCAAUAUUAUGCAGAUUUUAUAUUACUAUCAUGUUCUGAGACCUAUUUCUUAUUUUUAGGGCAAGUGCUGCGCCGAUGGCCAGCAUUGCUGUGAAUAUGGAUAUACCUGUGACCCAACCUCAUACAAGUGCAGGAAAUGGUACUCUCAGAUUCCUUCA